AUGUUCUAAAAAUUUGGAUAACAACUCAAACCUAUAAUCAAUAGAUCAUCUUCUGAAAAUAGAAAAGAAUAAUCAGUUACUAAACCGAAUUAUCAUUUUACAUAAAAAAGAGAAAGAAGUGAAUCUAGAGUACCAUAAUCUACAGUUGAAGAUUAAAAUCAGAAUAAUUUAAAACAAUAAUCAAAUUUUAACUAAAAUGCUCCUGCACAAAGAUUGACAGUAAAGUUGCCUGACUUAAAAGGCUAUUAAAAAUAAAUGGAAAAAUCAACAUCAGGAGCUGAUCUAACUAAAAAACCACCACUUUUAAAGAAUAGACUUAUAUUAGAUUCUAAAACAAAAUAAUAACCAUAAGGUUAAUAAACUUCAUUAACUCAGACUCUUCCUAUUAAGAGUUAAAGAGAGGAUAUAUAGACUUCAUAAUAAUAAGGAAAAAAUAAAUUAAAAAUAUCACAUUAUAGUUAAUCAAGAGCAGGUUUUGAUGGUAUAUAAGAGAAAACAAAUUAAGAUAGAGAGCUUUGUUUAUAAUUAGAUGAUUAUAAUUAUGCAUUUGCAGUUAUGGAUGGUCAUGGGAUGGAUGGAGAAUAUGUUAGUUCAUUUAUAAAAGAAUUGUUAAAAUGUAUGAAAAAUUUUAUAUAUAAAUAUAUAGAUAAUCUAACUAAAUUUUAUAAGGUAUUUGAUUUUCAAAAAGUAUUCUUUGAAAUGCAUUAGAAAAUGAAAUUUUAAACAGAAUUUGGUUGUCAAUUUUCAGGUAGUACUUUGACAGUAUUAUUGAUAAGAGAGAAUACUAUUUCAUGUGGAUGGGUUGGAGAUAGUAGAGCAAUUCUAGUUAAAAAGAAUUAAAAUAAUUUAAAUGUAAUUGAAUUAUCAAUGGAUCAUAAACCACAUUUGGAGAAUGAAAGAUAGAGAAUUGAAUAAAAUGGAGGAGUAGUUGAUACAUAUCAUUUACCUAAUGGAGCUCCUAUUGGACCAUCAAGAGUAUGGGCAAAAGGAGCAUAAUUUCCUGGAUUAGCAAUGAGUAGAAGUUUAGGAGAUACUGUUGCUGCAGCAAUAGGAGUUUCAUAAACUCCAGAUAUUAAAUCAUUGGAAAUUGACAAUAAAGAGGAUAUAUUUAUAGUUUUAGGAUCAGAUGGAAUAUGGGAAUUUUUAGAUAAUUAGAGUGUAUUAUGAGUUUAAUAAUCAAGAUUGCUGAAAUGGUGUAUCCGUUUUAUUAGAAGAAUGAUGUUUAGGGAGCAUGUUAGAAGAUUAUUUAAGAAGCUGUGGCUGGAUGGAAAGCUCAUAGUGAAGGAAUAGAUGAUAUUACUGCAAUUAUUAUUUUCUUUUAAAAUGAAUUGUGA